GAAAUAAGGUUUCAUGGAAAUUAGAUAACUGCAAAACCCUAUUCCCGUUCAUGAUUUUUCCGCCAAAAAACAUCAGUGUACCUUCCCCACAAGAUUUACCUCACAUACACUCUUCAUAAAUCUCAUAUUUUCUAUCUUCCUAUUCACAAAGAUUGGAUACUUCUAGUAAUAGUGUUGUCUGAGUCGGCUUACAUGCAACUCGACUAAUUCUAUCAAUACCUGUCACUUUCCAUCGGCAAGAGGUAAUAGGUAGAAAGAUUGGAUUUUUAUAGUGGCAAUAGACCAAGAAACCAUGGCUACUAACCAAUCUGAUGAUUUAGACCAACUUCUUGACAGUGCUUUGGAUGAUUUUGAGAGCCUCAAUCUCACUUUUGCUUCUCAAAGAAAUGGGGAUAGAGAGGACAAGAAUGAGAGUUCUUGUAUGUCUACUGAGGUUCAAGGGCUUGGGAUGUCUUUGCCUGACUUGAAAGCUAAGAAGAAGGGGAAGCAAAAGGCUACCAAGGAGGGAAAGGACUCGCAAGUCUCGGAAGCUCUUGAUAAGCUUAGACAGCAGACUAGAGAGGCUGUUAAAGGAUUGGAAUCAGUGGCAGGGUCGAGACCGGGGGCAGAGAACUUUGGAAGUGAUCCAAUGAUGGAGGAUUGGCUCAAACAGUUUGAGGAGCUUGCUGGUUCUCAGGACAUGGAAUCUAUUGUGGAGACCAUGAUGCAGCAGCUUCUUUCAAAGGAAAUUCUUCACGAACCUAUGAGAGAAAUUGGAGAAAGAUAUCCAAAGUGGUUGGAAGACAAUAAAGUCAAGUUAAGCAGUGAAGAAUAUGAACGUUACAGGCACCAGUAUGAAUUUAUAAGAGAUCUAAACAAGGUCUAUGAAACUGACCCGAGCAACUUCAACAAAAUUGUUGAGCUUAUGCAGAAAAUGCAAGAAUGUGGACAGCCACCAAAUGAUAUAGUGCAGGAACUUGCUCCAGACUUUGAUAUAUCAACUCUUGGACAACUAUCACAGGAGAUGCUAGAGUCCCAACAGAACUGCUGUAUUAUGUGAAUACACACUUGUUCAACUAUCCUGCUGUAUUAUGGAACACAAGUUAUUUUUUGCAUGGAAUUUGAUUGUGAGGUUAUUGCUCGUCUCAUCUUUGCUAAUAAGCAUGAAGUGCAUUCGUUUCUUUC